GGACUGUGGGGCUGCGGGAAACACCAGAUCAAGUACAAUGACUUAUGCGAAGGGGGAGAGCACUGCGAACCGACGCGUUUGUUUGUUUGUUUCCUAACAACAGUGUGCUGGAGAACGCAUAGUGGUUAAGAGUGCACACUGCUGCUGCGGAGGACUGGAGCUCGGUUUCCGGGUAGGGCAGCUCACAACCGCCCUUACCUCGGGCUGCAGGGUGAUCUGCCGCCUUUGGCUUCCUGGCACCUGCAUUCACGCGUACGAAGCCACACAGACACACAGGUUAAAGACUCAGAGAGGCCGUUUACUCGGAGGGCGUGUGACGCACCGGCGAGGCUGAGCCCAGGGCCUGUGGCAGCGGAAGGAAGGAAGCGCGAGCACAGGCCGGACUCGGCGGAGACUGUGCGCCCGGGGGAGGAGCCUGAGCGGCCGGGGCGGCGGGCACAACGGCCCAGCCAUGUCGGCCGAGGAGAUGGUGCAGAUCCGCCUGGAAGACCGCUGCUACCCGGUGAGCAAGAGCAAGCUGAUCGAACAGAGCGACUACUUCCGCGCGCUCUACCGCUCCGGCAUGCGCGAGGCCGUGCGGCCCGAGGUGGGCCCGGAGGUACAGCAGCUGCGCGGCCUGAGCGCUCCGGGCCUGCGGCUGGUGCUGGACUUCAUCAACGCGGGCGGCGCGCGCGAGGGCUGGGGCCUGAGUGAGGACGAGCUGGCCGAGGCCAGCGUGCUGUCCGAGAUGGUGGAGGCCGCGUCCUUUCUGCAGGUCACGGCGCUGCUGCGCUUGCUGCUGUCGCAUGUGCGUCUGGGCAACUGCCUGGAGCUGUACCGCCUGGCGCAGGUGUACGGGCUGCCCGACCUGCAGGACGCCUGCCUGCGCUUCAUGGUGCUGCGCUUCCACCAGGUGCUGUGCCAGCCCCAAUUCCCGCUGCUGCUGUCGCCGCCGCAGGCUCCCGGGGACUGCAGCCUGAAGCAGAGGUUGAGGGAGGCCCGCAUGCGCGGGACCCCGGUGCUGGUGGCCCUAGGGGAUUUCCUCGGGGGACCCCUGGCCCCGCACCCGUAUCAGGGGGAACCCCCGUCCAUGCUUAGGUACGAGGAGACCACGGAGCGCUGGUUCCCCCUGGCCAACAACCUGCCCCCCGACCUGGUGAACGUCAGGGGCUACGGCUCAGCCAUCUUGGACAACUACCUCUUCAUCGUGGGUGGUUACAGGAUCACCAGCCAGGAGAUCUCGGCCGCACACUCCUACAAUCCCAUCACCAACGAGUGGCUGCAGGUGGCCUCCAUGAACCAAAAGCGAUCUAACUUCAAACUUGUGGCCGUCAAUUUGAAGCUUUACGCCAUCGGUGGGCAGGCCGUUUCUAACGUGGAGUGCUACAAUCCCGAGCAAGAUGCGUGGAAUUUUGUGGCUCCCCUGCCAAACCCUCUGGCUGAGUUCUCUGCCUGCGAGUGCAAGGGGAAGAUUUACGUCAUUGGCGGAUAUACCACGCGAGAUCGCAACAUGAACAUCCUGCAGUACUGCCCCUCCGCUGACCUCUGGACGCUGUUUGAGACCUGUGACGUCCAUAUCCGCAAGCAGCAGAUGGUGUCUGUGGAGGAGACCAUCUACAUCGUGGGCGGGUGUCUCCAUGAACUGGGGCCCAACCGCAGGAGCAGCCAGAGUGAAGACAUGCUCACUGUGCAGUCUUACAACACGGUCACUCGGCAGUGGCUGUACCUGAAGGAGAACACAUCCAAAUCGGGCCUGAACUUGACGUGCGCACUGCACAAUGACGGUAUCUACAUCAUGAGCAGGGACGUCACCCUGUCCACCAGCUUGGAGCACCGUGUGUUUCUCAAGUACAACAUCUUUGCUGACAGCUGGGAGGCCUUCCGGCGGUUCCCAGCCUUCGGACAUAACUUGCUGAUUUCCUCUCUCUAUCUGCCCAAUAAAGCAGAGACCUGACUGAUUCAACAGUAUUUAAAAGAAAAAUCUGGUUCAAGGGGGAAAAAGGCAAGCCUUUGAAAUACUGACUCCUGAAGGGACAAAGUGGGCUAACACAAGUCACGUGCGUAGGCGGCUAGGCUGUAAAUAAGCUUUCUUGAACUAAUUACUUGAAAACUUGGGGUGAAGAGACCAACCCUAUUCUUCUCAGAUUUUUUUUGUUUUUUUGUUUUUUGUUUUUUUGUACCAUGGGAACAAAUGUAAUCAUAAGUAUUCAUCCAAACCUAACAGUCUUGGGCCAACAACUAAAACCCACCAUUAAAAAGUAGACUGCUGGGGUCUGCUUUAUACAGGCCAAGAUCAGUAGCUAACCUGAUAGUAAUGGUUUUGUUCUGUGUUUUCCCUGCUGGGAAUGGAAUCCAGAGCUUCAUGCUAGUCCAGAAAAGAUGACUUUAAAAAUGCUCUUUCUUCAGGUCACCUAAGAUCUCGUCAGUAGGAACUUUCCUUUUGUCGAUCAGUUUAUUUGACGAGCGUUCGGAUCCGUCCACUUUCUUAGCCUCUGGCUUGUCACCCAGGCUCUCUGGGCUGACAUUUUAUCAAACAUUUGCUUUCAGAAACCCUAACAGGUGUGUCCGACUUUUUGACAUUUAGAAAUCAUAUUAUCAUUUAUAACCUUUGUGCACACUUGAGUUACCUUUUUAAAAAUGUCUCAAUGUUCUAAGUAAGUUUCUGAUAUUGUGUUUCUUAGCUGUCCUUGGGGUCCACAAGCUACGGGCAAGCUAUGGUUGCCCUGCCCACUCCAGGGAUAGAGCCAGACAGAGAGUCCACCCAAGCAGCCAGUCCAUCCACAAACGUGGAUAAACACCUUCUCAGCUACUUCCCCAGUCUUUGUACAAGUGAGAAUGUUGUCGAAGGUAGACUAGUGAACCUCUUAGCUAGUGUGUGGCAAAUGAGGGUCUGUGUGGGUCACCACAGCUGCACCGUGAGGUCUUUGUUUUUAGAAGAUUGCUAUAAACAUUUUAUAAAUUGAGUCUUAAACGAGGGGGAGUACUGCCUAAGGAAAGAUGCCUUUGUGAGUUACUUUUAUUGAAUGUAUUUGGCUUAGUUCUUGUUUCAAGAUAAAAAGAAAAACCAAACCCAACUUUUGCACACUUACGUGAGGUUUCCUUCUAGCUUCAUCUUAGCCUUAGAUGUGCAACCAUGUUUUUGCCUUUUUAGGGAAAGGAUGGCUGUGGCUGAUGCACGCUAGAAAGCAGGGGAGAUGUACGUGGAUGGCCUCUGCCGGCCUCUGAAUUGAGGUGAGAUGCUGGCCUUACAGUGCCCAUGCCAACAGUGGUGACUAGCUUAAGGACCUGCCAAUCAUGAGUCUUUGUCUCUUAAAAGACUCAAGGGCCCACUUAGCGUGCACAAGAGGCCCCAUGUUUAAUCUUCGGCACUUACAGCAGCAGCAACAAGGCCCUCACCUACAGGAAUUUUGAUUGAAGAGAAUUCGCCGAAACAGCUGCUAUCUUGUAAUGGAGUCAGCUAAAGGAACUGGACUCCAUCUCUGCACCAGCAGUGGGCCGCCUUGCAUAUUUAAGAAGCUCAAGAAACUCCAUAGAAAAACAAGAACUACAGGUAGAUUCUUCCUGGUUCCUUGUACAGCUGCUCUCCUGGUGGCUGGGCAUGGGGGAGGGGAAGCUUAUCUCCCAGUCAGUAGGUCUUCAGUGUCAUGAAGGAGUCACUUCAGGGUUUCUUUACAGCCAUGCCUCUAAUCGAGCCUGAGAGCCUAGUUAUAAAACUCUUAUUUGCACAGUGGUUUAGAAGCUCUGUCAGUCUUUAUUUGGGACAUGGUGACAGUUCUUAGUGUUUUGUUAUAAAAUCUACCAGUAUUCAAUCAACCUGUUUAUAAUGUGGUUAGAAGCUUAUAGGCCAUUUCCAAGCCUCAUCUGUUUCAAACACUAAGUCUGUGUUUUUUUCUCCUCCCCCCCCCCUUAAGACAGGGUAUUGCCUUACAAUCCAGGAUAACUCCAAACUGGAGAAUCUCUCACCUCAGUCUCGAAGUGCUGGGAUUGUAUGCCUCUUGCUACCAUGCCUGCCUUUAUGUAUUACUUUUUAAACUGUUUUGCUGGGUUCUAUUCAAAAAAACAAAAACUCUGAGCUAAAAUCUUCACCAAAAUGGUACUUAUAUAAUAGAUUUAAUUUAUAUUAACUUUAGAAUUGAAUUUUGGGGAAUCUACAAUUUCAUUACUGCACUUUAUGUCUGUUGCUAUGAAUCUUCAUUGUUAUGCAGCCUAGUCUUGAAUAUUCAGAGCAGACUGGCAGUUGAGUUAGCAAUGGAUGAAGAUGGGCAAUUAUCUUGUGAAAAAACACAUCUUGAAAGCACAUCAUGGUGUCUACCUGUUGUUCUCUUCCUGAUGGCCAUCUUUGGACAUAUUUCCUAAUGCCAGCAACUAGAUUCUUGGACAAAAUGAAGUUCUAACAGUGACAUCUACGAAGUUCUCACCCCAGGCUUGGCAUGUAGCCCGUGUGCAAUACAAGUUUCUGAGGGUUUAGAUACACAGACUCCCAACGGAAGUUUGUUGUUCCUUCUGCCAGCUAUGCUUGGAGAAGGGAAUCUGUCAUAGAACUGAAUGGGUUUUAUGACAUCUGUCUGCCUGUGCCCUUUACCUGUCUGGGUGUUCUGAGAGCACUUGGAGUUCAGCUGGUGCUGAUUGCAGACUCCGGCCAGGAUGAUAGUGUUCCUUUGGAAAUCUUCUUUCCCUCCAGCAACUUCUUAUGUGAUACUUUGUAUUUCUUCCCACUCUCUGUUGCCUUACAACCUCCCCACCCCCAUGCUUCCAAGGGGUUCUGACUCCCACUGUGUGGCAAGAGGUGUCUGGGAGUACCCCCAUGGCAGCUGCCUCCGAAAGUGUGCACUCCUACUCCGAGAGGCUUCCCUUGGCACCAGAAAGGUUCUGAGAUGACUGUGUGGGGAUCUAUAACUUAUGCAGUCUAAGCUAAGACAUAUUGUCAAAGAACCUAGAAGGUCGGAGAUGCUGGCAAGAAACACAUAAGGCUUAAAAUUAUGCGUGAAACCAAAGAGACUUUGACCUUGCUGUUUUUUUGUUGUUUCUAAAGCCAAGAACCCAAGCAAUUUUAAAUGCCUUAGGUUUCCACUCAAGCAGAGGGAAGGAGAGGAUACUGUAGCUCUAUUCUGGGAGAACAGAGGAAAAUGUUUCUUUUUAAUAAACAUUUGCUUAUAGAACAUUAGGGCUGCAGUCCUCAGAUUUCCAGGUACAGUUACAAGCCUGUCUGGCCAAAGAGGUAAAUAGGAGGGGCCCUGAUGUCUUUGUCUAGGUGUUUGGUGAGCUUAGCUUAGCAUUGCUGACCUGAGAGGUUACAGGGCAAAGCGACCAUGCUGAAGGUUGUCUUGUCUUUACACAGGAGAUGUGGAGUCUUUGUGUAUACUCAGUCAGGGUUUGCUCUCAGGAGACCUGUCAAUCAGCAAUACCAGACAUCCCUGGCACCUCACCAGAGUGAAGUAAAUGCCAGUUCCCACCCCUGCUUCAGAGAUAGUCUUUAUGAAGGGAGCUGUGAUCUCUGGAAGCCAUGAGCUACAUAAACUUCAUUCCAUUGUGACCAGAAACAUUGAGUGUUGGUUUGAGACAGAGCUUAGCCUGCAGAACACUGACUGAGCCACUGUCCCCGUGACAAUGUGCUCUCAUUUUAGCCAUAGUCAGAGAUGUCCACUUUAGUCAGGCACACUGAGCUCAGUCUGGUGGACCAAUCUGCCCACUGCCUUGUGAUUUAGUAAAAACCCUGGUGAGCUUGUUUGUCCUUAAAUCUGAACGUCAUAUUUCGUGUUUCAGGUUUUUUAUUUUUUAACUGUAUGCUUUUUUUUUUUUUAAAGUUAACUACUUUUUAUAAUCCUCGCACUUUGCAGUUUGUGAAAACACAGAAAUGAUGUGGAAUAUGUUUUAUUUAGAACUCACUCAGCAUUGUAGCCCCACAGAUGGUUCUAACGAAGAAGGAGGGAGAGCAGGUAAGGAUUUGGUGCCAGCAAGCUCAGCGCUGGCACAUCUAUGCGUUUGCCUUUAAAACAUUCCCCUGGAAGAACUCAGUGCUCCCCCGGACGCUUCGUCACUGAGGUUGGCUGAGUUGGCCUUGCCGAUGACUGUCCAGUGGUUUCCACCCUAGGUUUAGUGUAGACGUUUGCUUUUCACUUUUGUUAGUUUGGGGACACAACAGGGAAUACAUAGUGACUGCCAGCUGCCACUUGACAUAGCCAUAUUCACCCAUUCCUACAGGAAGCCCGUGAAAUGAAGAAGAGGGUCCACUCCGAAGAGCCCAGGGUGCUUAGUGUUUCCGUAGGGCUGGUUGGUGCUUUCCAUAGCUUGUCACUGGCAAAGCAGAGGAAAAUGUGAUUUGUUGUAUCACUUCAGGGUGGGACGUUUCUCUGUCCCUCCAGUGUUGUCUUACCUAGUUAUUUUUAUGGAAAAGAAUAAUCCUCAAGAUACAUUCUGUUAUGACUGACACUUUGUGUAGUUUGGAGUGUGGCAUAAAUACACACAACAGCAUUGUUGCAUAUCCGUCACAGUGUUUGUGCAUCUGAUACCUGUGGACCACGGAGUUGUGUUCAUUUUAUUUUUCUUUACUAUGGAAGGAAAUGUCUUCAAAUAAAAUAAUUCUCAAUCAGCUUUUG